GGUCACGUGGUGGUUCUUCAGCCCUCUCUGGCCAUGCUUCUACUGCACAGUAUAAUUUGAUCACGUUAGCAGUGUAAAAUCCACCGGUAGAACAUUUACACCAAGUGAUCAUGUCGGAACUGAAGAUUAAUAAGAAAUUCGCGGAAAGAUACGACAAGUAUAGACAAAAGGAAGAGCUGCAGAAAUUGAAGGACCGCUUUGGAGAUCAGGAUGAUGAAGGUUCCUCUUCGUCUUCAGAUUCAGAGUCGGAUGAGAGUGAAGUGGAAUUUGAUCCCAAACUUGAGAAAGAUUUUUACAGGACCCUGUCUCUUUUGAAAAAGAAAGACCCAAAGAUUUAUCAGAAGGAUGCACAGUUCUACACAGAGGAGGCAGGCAGCGAUGAGAAACCCUCCACUUCUAAAAAGGCAGAAAAGCCAAUGUUCAUCAAGGACUAUGAGCGCAAAGUCAUCUUGGAGAGAGGAGGAAAAUAUGACGACGAUGAUAGUACUGAUGAAGAGGCUGCCAGGGAGAUGGAGGAGAGAGCUGCAUCUCCCAGCUACAUCCAAGAGCAGAAGGAGCUGAAAGAGAGCUUUCAGCAGUUUGUUCAGGAUAGCGGCGAUGAAGCCAGUGAUGAUGAAGGGCUGCUAACACGCAGGCACAAAACGCAAGAGGAGAAGGACAAAGAGGAGGCAGACUAUGUGGAGUGGCUGAAAGGACAGGCGGAACUGGAGGGAAAGGACGAGGUGCAGGAUAUGAAAUAUCUGAGAGAUUACUGGAAUGACCCGCAGCUGGACGAAAAGGAGACCUUUUUGCGAGACUAUAUCCUCAACAAAGGAUACCUGGAGGAAGAUGAGGAGGAAAGAAUUCCCACAUACAAUGAGCUCAUGCAGGAAGAUGUAGAAGACUCAGAGGAGGAAGGAGAAUCAUUCCUGCAGAAGCAAGAGGACUUUGAGAGGCACUACAAUUUCCGCUUUGAGGAACCCGGAGCUCAUCAGGUCAAGACGUACCCCCGCAACAUUGCCACCUCCGUCCGAAGCAAAGAUGACAGGAGAAAGAAAAAGAGGGAGGAUGUGAAGGAAAGAAAGAAAAAAGAGAAAGAACAGAAGCAGCAGCAACUAAAGGAGCUGAAGAAUCUGAAGAGAGUAGAGAUCAUGGACAAGCUGAAGAAACUGAAGGAGCUGACCGGAAACAAGGAGCUGGCCUUCAGCGAGGUGGACCUGGAAGGCGACUUUGACCCUCAGCACCAUGACCAGCUUAUGCAGAAAUUCUUUGGUGAUGAAUACUACAAAGAGGAUGAUGAGGAGAAACCCCAGUUUGAGGAUGAUGAUGAUGAGUUGGAAGGACAUUGGAAUUGGGACACAUGGACAGGUGAAGAGGAGGAAGACUAUGAAGAGGAGGAAGAGCAUGAAGGUGAAGGGGAGAGCUUCGAGCCAAACUGUGAAGAUCCUGACUUCAUUAUGGAUGCAGAUUAUGACCCCAGUCAGCAGGCUGUGUCUAAGAAGAAAAAAAAGAAACAGAAGGAGUUGAUGAAGAAAAAGAUUGGAGAUGAUAUCCCACUCAUGGGCAAAAAGAGAAAGAAGUCUCACUUUGCUGAAAUCAUCACACAAAACAAACCAGUGUUUGAUCCACAGGAGAAAUCAUUUGAACAAUACCUCGAUGAAUACUACAAACUAGACUACGAGGACAUCGUAGAUGACCUGCCCUGCAGAUUCCGCUACCGACAGGUCGUCCCUAAUGACUUUGGCCUGACAACUGAAGAGAUCCUGGGAGCAGAUGAAAAAGAAUUGAAUCACUGGUGCUCGCUGAAGAAAACUUGCAUGUACAGGUCUGAGAGGCAGGAGCUCUGUGACGUGAAGAAUUAUCAAAUCAAAGCCAAAAACAUCCAGAAGAAGAAACGAGUGUUGGCUUCUCUGUAUGCUGAGAAUGAUGAGCAACUUGGGGAGUCGAUUGCUAAGGUAAAAGUGGGUAAGAAGAGGAGGGAUCGCAUAAAGAAGACAGAGCUGGAGAGAGAGAAGAUAUCUGAGGAGGAGGAGGAGGAACAGGAAGUAGAGUGUGAUCAGAAAGUAUCAGCAUCAAGCUCAGCGGAGAAUCUAGCAGCUCAGGCUCUCGGAGACACAGCUGUGGAGGAAGAGGAUGAGGCAGAGUUCCUGGUGCCUAAGAAAAAGAGGAAAGUAGAAAAGAUCACACAAGCCCCGAGAACUGAAAAGCCUAAAUGGCCAAAGAAGAAUGUCCGCCGCCCAGGUGGACGAGUGCUGUCUGGGGCUUUGAAGGUGAAGAUGGGAGGCCGGGAGUUCAGCAGACAGAGACUGAGAGCCUAUGGCCUGAAUCCCAAGAGGCUGCAUUUCAGGGAAUUCUACAGGCAGAAAAGAAAAGAAAGAGAACAGAAAGAAAAGCAGGAAAAGCUGAAAAACAAAGGGAAAGAGUGAUGCAGUCCUAAAUCUUAGACUGUAACAAGGGAACAAUUUAUUGUCUUGGAUCAUCAUCCGCCAUCAGAUGGAGCACUUGCUUAACAUGUUAGGCAAGGAAGCAUCAUUGUACAGGAUUUUACAAGAAGCAAGGCUAUAAAAUAAGGAUAGCAUCCAUUAGCUUUGUGUCCUUUUGUUUUAAUAUAUUAAAAUACAUUUUUUUUUAUGUAACAACUUAUCAGUUUGAUUGUAUACAAUGGUUAUUGCAUCAUCAUAAAUCAUAUACAUAAAACUAACUAAACAUCACGUUUAAAACACAAACAGAAUAAUGGUGUGAAAGUGAAUGUGGGAGAAAGUGUGUAUGAAAGUGUAGGUGGUUACAUAAUGUUCACAGGCAUAUCUCUCACACACUCAUAUUUGGUGUAAGUUGUAAUUAACCACUGGUUCCGUUUUGACAUUAUCAGAGUAGUAGUAUCUGGUAUGUGUUGGUGGAAUGAUUCAUAUUUUCUUGACUUUUCUUUUUGACCCAUGCUCCUCAAAUGUCAAAGUGAUAAUAAUGCUUAAUAAGCUUAAUAAUGGCUUACUGAUCAGAAGGUUGUGAGUUCAAAUCCCAUCACUGCCAAGCUGGUUAUCUGCAAAGGGUUGUUGUGGGUGCAGGUUUUCAUUUAAAUCAAGCAGGAGCCACCCCUUAUUCCACCUGUUUAAUCGCUUUAUCUUAGCUUUCAGUAGACUCAGGUGUUGCAUCUGCUUGGUUGGAAUGAACACCUGCACCCACACCGGUGCUUUCCAUAUAAGAUUGGACACCCCUGAUCUAGAAGCUACAUUUGUAUACAGAAGAACCUGGUUAUUUUAAAACUGAAUAUGUGCACCAAUUUUUCUGUUAAAAAAAUAUCAAAAUGAGCAUCAGAUCAACUCAGAAAUGCCCAAUGGAAACCAUGGAGACAAGUGAUUUAAUGGCAGAUAUUUUAAACAGACUGCAGGCAAACUUUUGGUCUGACUACAAUAUACAAAUACAUAGAAUUUCCACUAAUUACUGUAGUUAAGGCUUCUUUUUGCAGAUUUUACAAACUGCUUUUUAUGUCCGUAGCAACUAACCAUUGUUGUCAGAUCUUCAGGAUCCUCUGUGUUCUUGACAGUAGCUGGAUUAGGUUCAGUAAAGUGAUGGUGUGAGAGUGUGAGUGGGUAUGAAGCCCUGUGGUGGACAGACCUCCUAUUCAGAUCCACUUCAGCCCAGAAUAGGAAAACAAAUUAAUAAAAUUGAAUGAAACAAUAAUUGUUUUCCUGAAUACAGAUAGAUGGCAGGAUGAUUGUUUUUUAAUUGUGUGCAGCGCCUUUGUCAAAGUUAACAGAAUUUCUAAUUCUAAUCAAACAAGAGAAAUCCACCAUUCCCCAUUUGUUUGCAUUCUUUAAAGUGUUCAUUUUGCCAUUUACAUUAUAUUGCCAAACGUUUUGGGACACCCCUCCGACUCAUUGAAUUCAGGGGUUGGGCUUGGCCCCUUAGAUCCAGUGAAAGGAACUCUUAAUGCUUCAGCAUAACAAGACAUUUUAGAUAAUUUCAUGCUCCCAACUUUGUGGGAACAGUUUGGGGAUGACCCCUUCCUGUUCCAACAUGACUGCACACCAGUGCACAAAGCAAGGUCCAUAAAGACAUGGAUGAGUGAGUUUGGUGUUGAGGAACUUCACAGAGUCCUGACCUCAACCCGAUAGAACACCUUAGGGAUGAAUUAGAGUGGAGACUGCGAGCCAGGCCUUCUCGUCCAACAUCAUUGCCUGACCUCACAAAUGUGCGUCUAGUGUAAUGGUCAAAAAUUCCCAUAAACACACUCCUAAACCUUGUGGAACGCCUUCCCAAAAGAGCUGAAGCUGUUAUAGCUUCAUGUGCAUGUCUAAAAGGCAGAUGUCCCAGUUUUGGCCUGGCUCGCAGUCUCCUCUCUAAUUCAUCCCAAAGGUGUUGAGGUCACUCUGUGCAGGUCAGUCAAGUUCCUCCACACCAAACUCUCUCAUCUAUGUCUUUAUAGACCUGGCUUUGUGCACUGGUGUACAGUCAUGUUGGAGCAGGAAGGGGUCAUCCCCAAACUGUGCCCACAACGUUGGGAGCAUGAAAUGUCUUGGUAUGCUGAAAAACAACACCUGAAUUCAGUGACCUGGAGGGGUGUCCCAAAACAUUUGGCAAUAUAGUGUAUUAGUGCAAGAA